UGGCAAGCAAUAUAUUAAUUUUAAAUUGUUUACGUCGGGUUCUGUUGUUGUUUUAAAAAUUAAUCCAACCGAAAGUACCAGAAAAGGAUGCAUGUUUAUUAAAGAUAUAAUUGAGAAUAAUUCUUUAAUUGAAGAAACAACCAAAUUGCUCAAUUCUUUAACUCUUUAUGAUUUCAAUUUUUUACUUUUUCGUUGUGAAUCUGAAGAAUUAUCAACUUUAUCUACUGGAUCAUACCAAAUCCCUAAUUUUGGAAAAUUACCUUAUUGUGGUUUUAUGGGUAUACGUCAAUUACUUGUAAAUAUUCAAGCAAGUCAUGAUCUUGGUCACCCAUUUUGUGAAAAUUUGAGACAGGGAACUUGGUUAAUUGAAUAUUCAAUCAACCGCCUUAAACUUUUCUCACCAACACUUGAAAAAUUUGCCAUACUCUUGGAACAUGCAUUUAAUUUACUUAAAAAUUUUCCUCAUCAUUUGCGGCCUUGUUAUUUUGAAAUGAUUUUUACUUAUUUUUAUGUGGCUAUUGAACGAGUAUUUUUGGAGAAAAUUUUUUCACAAUCUCCUACUCUUCCACGUAUUCGUAUUACUGAACUUUUAUGUAUUGCUUCAAAUGCUUUUGUUGCCCAUAUUCCAAAUGCAUUGCUACCACCAUUAGCAAAUAACAAGGAUAAUAAAUUUUCUCUUUCUGCUGGUCUUCCACAUUUUGCUGAAGGAAUUUGGCGUAAUUGGGGACGUGAUACUUUUAUUGCUUUACCUGGAAUUUUUCUUUUAACUGGACGUUUUGAAGAAGCUAAAAAUUGUAUUUUGGCAUAUGCUGGAACUCUUAGACAUGGACUCAUUCCAAAUUUAUUGGCAGAAGGAAAGGCGCCUAGAUACAAUUGUCGUGAUGCUGUUUGGUUUUGGAUUGUUGCUGUUAUUAGAUUUAUAGAAACGGCCCCCGAUGGAUCUAAAAUUCUUCAAGAACCAGUACUUCGUUUAUAUCCAACAGAUGAUUCAACAGGAGAGGAUUUAAAGAAACAACCUUUACAUUGUACAAUUUAUGAAGCUCUUUGUCGUCAUUUUGAGGGUAUCAAUUUUCGUGAAAGACAUGCUGGACAUUCAAUUGAUGAACAUAUGAAAGAUGAAGGAUUUAAUGUCCAAGCCUAUAUUUGCCCCAAAACUGGUUUAAUAUUUGGUGGAAAUCGUUGGAAUUGUGGUACUUGGAUGGAUAAAAUGGGUAGUUCAUCAAAUGGAGGAAAUAAAGGAGAACCAGCUACACCACGUGAUGGGGCUGCUGUUGAAUUACAAGGAUUGGCAUUUUGUGUAGCUAAAGCUAUGGAUAAAUAUUUAAAUGAGGGAAUAUUUCCUAACAAAGAAUUAAAAAAUGAUUCCCUUGGAACUUCAUUAUCUUGGUCUGACUGGGCCUCAAAAAUUCAAAAAUCAUUUUUGGAAUAUUUUUAUAUUCCAGAAACGUGUACAGAUAAAUUUGUGAAUCGUAAAAGAAUUAUAAAAGAUUCUUUUAAAAGUUCUCUUGAUUAUACUGAUUAUCAAUUGAGGCCUAAUUUUUGUAUUGCCCUUGAUGUGGCACCCGAUUUAAUCGACCCAUCUCUUGCUUGGAAUGCUUUAGAAUGUGCUGGCAAUGUUUUGGCAUUAAACGCGCCAUUGGGUAUUUGUACACUGGAUCCGGAAGACUGGGCGUAUAAUGGAUAUUAUAAUAAUUCUGAUGAUGGAACUAAUAAAGUGACAGCAAAAGGGUGGAAUUAUCAUCAAGGACCGGAAUGGCUUUGGGUAGCUUGUGCCUAUAUGAGUGCCAAAUUAAAAAUAGCUUCAUUACUCUACAAAAAUGGCAGAAAAUUAGAAUGGCAACAAACUUUAGAUGAAAUUCGUUGUAGAUUAUAUCGUUAUGAAAAAAUUUUGACAAAUGGAGAAUGGGCAUCCUUGCCUGAAUUAACAAAUGCUAAAGGAGAAAAAUGUGGAGAUUCGUGUCCUGCACAGGCUUGGUCGGUUGGAUAUGCUUUGGAUGUUAUUGAAACUAUGAGAAAAUGUCAGGAAGAAGUAGGGUGGUUAACUAACCCGACGUUAACGGACUUUAAUUCAGAAAAUAGAACAAAUGCCUCAACAAACGACAUUUCCUCAACAAAAAUACCACUAAACUACACAGAAAUUUACGAAAAAAUUCUAAACGAAAUUUCGGAUUAUUGUCUGUCAGACAAACAAUAUGAAGAAUUAUAUUCAAACAAAUUAAGGGCUGGACUAGUCUCUUUAUUUUUCCCUAUGCUUCUAAAUGACGCUAUUAAACAAAUUGGACUGAACGAAUUUCGGGAUUGUGUCAAGUUAAAAAAACAAAAAAUAAAUGUAAUUGGGAUUGUUAAAGAAGAAUUUGAAGAAGAAAACAGAACGGGUAAGGGGACGGACGUUUAG